AUGGGUUCAAGCACUACUGAGGAUCUAGAGAGUUUUGUUGAGGAACUGAAAACGGUAUUUGAGGUUAUGCAUAUUGCUGAUAUUGGGAGAGUUGAACUAGCUGCAUAUCAACUGAAGAAUGUUUCUAGGAGUUGGUUCGACCCGUGGAAAGAAGGUAGAGCUGAGGAUGCACCACCUCAAAAGCAAAAAGGACCAGCUCCAUCAUCUGCUAGUGCACCUGCACCCAGAAACAAAGGAUUCUUCAUGGUGAAGGAGUCUCGUUUUUUAUGUGGUGUUGCUGCUGUUUGGAGAUAUUCUAUGGAGAAAAUUAUGUCUAUUCUGCAGGAGUAUGAGAAGCAAUCAGGCCAGAUGAUCAAUAAGAAAAAGAGUUCUUACUAUGUACACCAAAAUAUACUGGGAUGGUGUUGUAUAAUUCCAGAAGAAGAGACCAUUGAUCACCUAUUUCUAACAGAAGAAUUUGCUACCAGAAUUUGGAACUAUUUCAGCAGUGCUACUGGAAUUAUGGACCCUAUGCUAAAUUUGAAGCAAUUCAUAAGAUUUAGAGUGAACUGUGGCAGCAGCUCUUGGCAUCUUAUUCUUUCAGAAUUGGAACAUCACAUGCAUAACAUUUCUUUUAGAAUUGUUAGAUGUGAGCCUUCUCCUCCUAAUUUACUGAAGUGCAACACUGAUGGAGAAUCUAAAGGGAAUCCUGGUCCUAGCUCAGUAGCUUUUUGUAUCAGGGAUCAUAGUGGUAAUCUGGUGGUUGCUAAAGGUUACAUAAUUCAAGAUACUACUAAUAUAGUAGAUGAAGCUAGAGCUAUAAGGGAGAGUCUCAGUUUCUGUAUUGAACAUGGAAUUGAUAAUAUUAUUAUUGAGACAGACUCUUUAGCUAUGGUGCAUAUUCUAGAGGGGGAGUGGGAAGUGCCAUGGAAUGUCGCAUUGGAAGUUAGCAUAAUCAGGAGAUUGAGAAGUGAUAUCUCAGCAAGAGUAAAGCCUUCCUUUAGGGAAGGAAAUACUUUGGCUGAUUUUUUUGCUAAUCUAGUUUUCUCUUUUGCAGGUGAUUUUCAAAUUCAGAACUUUCAGGAAAUUCCUAGUGCAGGAAAGAAGUUACUCAAUCUAGACAAAUAUGGUACAACAUACAUAAGGAGGAAAAUACAAGAUUAA